AGUGAACUGCCAACGACACGCACACGAACAAGAACAAUAAAAGCGUUUUUUGUGUUUGUUUGCCGCUGCAUUUUUUUUUGUCAGCAACGUGACAAAGAAUAAGCAGAGAGAUACCUUUAUUCAUCUACCAACAACAACAGAAAAUUCCUUCUCUUGUACUUCCUCCCAUACAUAUCGGUUGUACUUUUUCGUUCCUCUCUUAAUCUAUCACUUCUGUAUUUGCAUUAUUGAAGUGUGUGUAGCCUCUUUUUUUUGUUUUUGCUUUAUCUUUUCUACCUCAUCGCCCCCACCGCCAUUCACUAUUUCACACUCGUGUGAUUGUGUCCACGCAGUGCGGCUUAGCGCGAUCUUCUUUUUUUUUCCUGUACAUCGCUGAUCGCGUUGUUCUUGUGUUGUGGCGACUCCCCUCGUUUUCUCGAGCCGUCUCCUCAAAGGGAAACAGAAAGAGACUCGUAGACGCGAAGACGCAACGCAGGUAGUUACUCCUGCCGACAGCCACCAACAUCCCCACUACAAUUAUUACAAGAAAGUGCGUAUAUAUAUACUUGUAUAAGAUGAGCGCCCCUCGUGAGCCAAAGCUCGUGCAGGCGCCGAACCGAGCACAGUCUGGCGCCACGCCCAAAAAAGCUGGCACACCGCCCACGCGGGGUACCACGCCGGUACGCAACAACACGCCCGCCCGCGCUGCCGCCCCGAAACUACACAGCAACGGCAACGGCAACCACAAGGCUCCCUCAGCGGUGCCGCAGUACCACGACCCAGACCGCAACCUCACCUCCGAAGAUGCCGCCGAGGGCACCGCCGCCUUCAAGAACCGGGUGUCCGAGAUCACCUCUUUCCGCGUGGUGGCGCGUGUGCGUCCGUUUAUCAAAGAGGAGCUGGCGGAGAUGGAGGGGCAGGAGCGCCGCUCGAUUGUGGAGAUGACGGAGACCAAGACGAUCCUGCUGGACCCGAAGGAUAACUGGGCCCCGAAGGCGCAGUUCGAGUUUGACGCCUCGCUCUGGUCCAUCCCGCCCACCCACCGCAUCGUGCACACCUUCCAAGACACGCGGCACAAAACCUACGCGACCCAGAAAGACGUGUACGACCUGAUCGCCAAGGACCUCGUCCCGCACGUCUUCAACGGCUUCAACAGCUGCAUCCUCACCUACGGCCAGACCGGCAGUGGCAAGACGUACACCAUGAUGGGCCACUACAACCCCGACGCGCCGUGCGGCGGCGAUGGCGAGGAGGGCAUCAUCCCGCGCGUGUCAAACGACCUCUUCUUAAUCUUGAAGCAACGCGAGGAGGACGAGGCGCGGAUGAAGCAGCAGCGCGACCGCACGAAGUUCCGCGUUGAGGUCAGCUUCAUUGAAAUCUACAUGGAGCGCGUGCGGGACUUGCUGGACCCGGCCCUGCGCCACACCCGCGGCAACGAGCAGCUGCAGGACGCCCGCAUCCGCCAGGACCCCUACAGUGGCCCCUUUGUGGAGGGUGUGACGAAGUACGAGGUGGAGAACUGGGCGCAGUGCUGUCUGCUGCUCGAUCGCGGCUCGCAGCACCGCACGACCUGUGCGACGGCCAUCCACAACCAGUCCAGCCGCAGUCACGCCAUUUAUCAGAUUACGGUGCUGCAGGAGCAAGUGGUGCCGGGCAAGAACAAGUUCGCCCUGCCCUCCUUCAAGACCCAGGCGGGUCGCAUCAACCUCGUCGACCUCGCCGGCUCCGAGCGGGGCGGCUUCCAAGACUACGUGAAGGAGUCGGCGGCCAUCAACACAUCGCUGCUGGCCCUGCGUCGUGUCAUUGACAACUUAACGGAGCGGCAGAAUAUGCUGAUGGAGCAGGCACGGGCGGAGAUCACCGGCGGCUAUUACCAGGAGCGCCCGCUGCCGCAGGUACCGUUCCGCGACAGUGUGCUGACGUGGCUGCUGAGCGACAGCAUCGGUGGCAACGCCCGCACGACGAUGGUGGCCACGCUGAGCCCGCUGGUGAAGAACUACGGCGACACCCUCGCCACCCUGCAGUGGAGCAGCAAAGCACGCAACCUCGUUACGCUGGUCAAGAUGAACAAUCAGGAGAUGGUCUCCGACGGCAUGGCGAACAAAGCCGGUACCCUCGACAACGCUGUGCGCAUUCAACGUCAGAAUCUUGAUAGCCUGCGGCAGACACUGCGCAAGAAGCAGGAGGACGCGCAGCAGCUGGAGCGGCAGACCAAGACGCUGAAGAAGACGGUGGACAAGACAAACGCGCGCGUCAAGGUGAUCACGGACGAUCGCGCCGCCCUUAUCAUCCAACGUACCUUUCACCGAUUCAUGUUCUACAAGAAGUUUGAGUCCUACGAGCUGCACUACGCGAAGCUGCGCAGCGCCAAGACGUCUGCCGGCGCGAGCGCCAGCGACUUCGAACGCAUUCGAAAGGAGGCCGAGGCACGUGAACAGGCCGCGAAGGAGAAGCUGAGAGAGGCGGAAGCGAAGACAGAUGAGAAGGCGGCGGCGGUGGCGCGUUACGAGCAGACGGCGACCGCACGCGCUGAGCGCCGCCGCGAGGCCGAGGAGCGCCAUGCCAAAAUUUGUGACACGAUCAACGCGGGCGAAGUGCUGCGGCAGUACGCGGAGAAGCGCGCCAAGGAGACGGCGGCGGCGCAGGCGGCGAUGGACGCGGAGAAGAAGGUGCGCGCGGAGCGGGAGCAGAAGGUAGCGACGAUGGAGAAGACAAUCGCCGAAAGCAAGUCCGUCGAGGGGCAGGCAAGGAUCAAGCAGGACGCGGAGGACCUCGAGGAGCUGCGGAAGAAAAGAGAUGACAUCCGCACGCGCCGUAAUGAGGUGAUUAACCGGCUUGUCGCCCUGCGUGAGAAGCACAAGAAGGUCUGCAAAAACAAAAAGUAA